AUGAAACUCCUCUUGGCUGUCGUCGGUCUAUUCGUGGCUGUUUCAGCCAACGAUCCCAUCAACAAUGACUACCACAACACCAUAGGUGUGUAUGAAGCUGCUCGUAUCAAACAGGCCGAAGAAUCAGCUGACUUCGAUGGCAGCAGGAUCGCAGGAGGAAACUUCGCGUCCCUCGGUCAAUUCCCUUACCAAGCUGGUUUAAUCAUCGGGUUGACUGACGGCAGACGAUCAGUUUGCGGUGCGUCUCUCAUCAGCAACACCAGAUUGGUUACGGCUGCUCACUGCUGGCUUACCUAUGACGUUGCAGCCAGUCAAUUCACCGUUGUUCUUGGCUCAGUCAAUCUUUUUUCUGGUGGUACUCGUAUCAACACCACGAAUGUCCAACUACAUCCAAGCUAUAACUCGUGGACUCUUGCCAAUGAUAUUGCUAUCAUUAUCAUAAACCCCGUCAGCUACUCCAAUACCAUUAGGAACAUUGGUCUCGCUAGUGGAAGCAACCAAUAUGUUGGAUCUUGGGCUACUGCGUCUGGAUUCGGUCGUUAUGCUGACGGUUCCGGUGUUUCUGAAAGACUCCGAUACGUUACUUUGCAAGUUAUCACCAAUGAUGUGUGCAGAGGCACUUAUCCAAGCACAGUCUUAGAUUCCAACCUUUGUGUUGCUGCUCCCAACGGACGCAGUACUUGUGGAUCAGACUCUGGUGGUCCCCUGGCUAUUGGCAACACAAUGAUUGGUGUUACAUCUUUCGGUCAUCGUGAAGGAUGCACUCGUGGACACCCCGCCGGUUUCGCUAGAGUCACAUCCUUCUAUUCAUGGAUUCUCUCAAUCUAA